AUGGCCACGAAAUCUCGAGCCUCUACGGGUCUAGUUCAGUAUCUCAGGCAGGCAGCCUACUAUUCUUCUCAGCAGGCUCGACAUCAGCCAGUGACAUAUGUUCUUGGGAACCCUUCAGCGGACUUAGACUCCAUCAUCUCGGCCAUCAUAUACUCUUAUAUCGCGACGUCGACCAGACAAGGGUGCUUACCCCCUCGCCAUUAUGUACCCAUAAUCAACCUACCUGAUGUCCGAUCGGGCAACGAGCUAGGGCGAUUACGCCCUGAGUUUAUCACGGCAUUGAAGCUGGCGACAAAAGAUAGCGGGAAUCAAGAAGCCGACGACGCCGCCUUUCUAAAGCAGAGCAUCUUGACUGUGGCUGACUUGAAGGAACAAAUACGUCAAACAAACUCUCAACCCGAUUCUGCGAAGCCAAUCGAGGUGUUUAUGGUCGAUUGGAAUGCUCUACCGGUAUUAUCGAGUGGGCGACGUGGGAUUGAAGGCUUUGAUGAUGAUACCCACGGUGACAUUCCGAUUGCAGUGACAGGAUGCAUUGAUCACCACUAUGAUGAGAAGUUUGUUCCUCCUGAUGUGACGACUUGGUGCAUUCAGACCGGAGUGGGAAGUUGCACGUCUCUCGUUGUCCGGGAGCUUCGGUCCCGCGGCCUGUGGAGGGAUACCCCCUUUGUUGAAGCGGUACAUGAGGGUCAUCCGCAAUUAGAGAGCUCUAUUAUCAGCAGUUUGCGAGCUGAAUCUGAAGUUGCUAAGCUCGCCCUCGCUGCCAUCCUCGCCGACACGACUAAUAUGACCGCCAAAGACAAAGUUUCCGAGGUUGAUCGUUUGGCGGUAUCAUUCCUCAAAAGCAAAAUCAACCAGGCCCAGGAUCCAUCAUGGAAUUGUGACAAGUUUUAUGAAGAGAUUAUCAACGCAAAAAACUCUAGUGUUGACAAGCUAACCACCGACGAAGUUUUGGGUAGGGAUUAUAAAGACUGGAUUGACGAUAUACCCGCGACCCGGGGAAUUGUGAAGAAGAUCAAAAUCGGCAUUUGCAGCGUAGUGAAGCCAAUUUCGUGGCUUAUUUCGAAAGCCAGCCAGGAGCAUCAAAGUCCUGAGUCCCCACAACAGUUUUUUGAUUCUCUACGUGCCUUCGCCCAAUCUAGAAAUCUUGAUGUCGUCGCCGUCAUGACUGCAUAUACAACCCAGCCCGAAAACCAGUUUCACCGUGAACUUCUGGUCUGGUGUUUAGAUAAAGGGCACUCCCAAGGCUUCGAACUCUUUGAAGCCCUUGCGAUUGACAAGCUUGGGUUACAGAACUUGUCAGGCAGCAAUAUCCAAACGUUUUCAAACACAAAUGACGAUAUGAUCCGUAUAUGGCGCCAGACAGACGUGUCCAAGAGUAGGAAACAAGUUGCCCCGCUACUGAGGAAUGCCAUGACGGAAUCCUUGUUAUAA